UAGAAGUUUGGUCAUCUAACAGAACAGAAAAUUACUCAAAAACCUUUGAACAGCAGCUUCUUGAUAUGGGAGCAAAAGUUUCAAAAACUUUGAACAAGCACGUCACCCAUGUAGUCUUCAAAGAUGGACGUUUGACUACAUGGAAGAAAGCACAGAACAUGGGUGUAAAAAUAGUUUCUGUACUCUGGGUGGAAAAGUGUCGAGAAACUGGAGCCCAUGUUGAUGAAUCCCUAUUUCCUGCAGUAGACACUAAUGAAGGAUUUCUACUACCAAUCAAAAAACACAAAUGUAUGCAGCCAAAAGACUAUGUUGAAAAAACUCCAGAAAAUAAUAAAAAGCUUCAAAAAAGACUGAACCAAAUGGCUAAAGAGUUAGCUCUACAAAAGACUGCAGUUAAUACUGAUGCAGAUGUACCAGUUUUAUUAUUUGAAGACAAUGGUUCACUUAUAUACAGCCCUGUUAAUAAGAUAAAAGACCAAUGCAAUGAAAUGGAAAGAAGAAUAAAGGAUAUGAAGGAAAAAAGAGAGAAUCUUUCUCCUACUGCUUCACAAAUGACUCAGACACUUCCAAGUACUUCACCAGGAGACUGCCCACUUUCUACUUGCAUCUUAACUAAUUCAGAAGAUGAGCUGCUACCUGAAGAACAAAUGGAAGACUGCUUGAACUCCAGUUGUGAUUAUCUUUGGAGAACUGAGCCGCUAAAGAGACCGAGAACAGAGGCAGCAGAACAUGCCUGUUCUUGGACUGAUAUUCAUGUUUCCAUGAGCACAUCAGUGAACUCUCCAUCACAUGGCAAUGAGGAGAAGAGAUUAACACCAAAACAACGUACCAGAAGAAGCAGAGGUGGUGAAGAUGAAGUUUCAGAGUGUCACAUUACUGAUGCCUCUUGCAAAAUGUUUAAUGAGCAGAAGAAUAAGCACACUGGGGGCUUAAAAAAGGCUGGAAGACUCCAAAAGCCAACAAGGACACUAGUUAUGACAAGUAUGUCUUCUGAGAAGCAAAAUACAGUAAUUCAGGUUGUGAAGAAACUUGGAGACUUUUUGUUCUCAAAUGAGGUGUGUGAAACAACAAGUCAUGUAGUUACUGGGAGUCCUCGUCGUACCUUGAAUGUUAUGCUGGGAAUUGCUCGUGGGUGUUGGAUUGUUUCUUAUGAAUGGGUUCUGUGGUCUUUGGAAUUAGGCCAUUGGAUCUCAGAGGAACCAUAUGAGCUUUCAUCCAGCUUCCCUGCAGCUCCUAUCUGCAGGCUUCAGCGUCAUCUCUCAACAGGAAAAUACCAGCAGAAUCUCUUUUCAAACCAGCCUGUCAUGUUUGUAUCUCCUACCAGUCAGCCCCCCUGCAAAAAGCUGAUUGAACUUAUACAGCUGGCAGGAGGGAAAAUAUGUAAAGCCUUACGUCAGGCAAAAAUCUGUAUAGGAAGAAAACCAGGAAAGAAGUACCAGGAAAUAAUAUCUUUAUCAGAAAAAUGGAUAUUAGAUUCAAUCACUCAGUAUACAAUAUGUCCUAUGGAAAACUACAUUUUUCAGAUGUGA